UUUUUUUUUUUUUUUUUGCACAGGAGCCCCCCUCUACGCGUAUACUCUGUCACAAAGCACCGGCCCUCUCAGGCUCUCGCCACCUCCAUUCCCCUUCCACCUCCGCCCCCUGCAAAUUCCCUGCCCAAACGCCGGCCGUUGAUGGCGUCCGAGAGCCCAAGGACCUGGUCGGCGUCGGUGUCCGCCGUGGAGACGGCGCACGGCACGCACUCGUUCAGGAUCGCCCGUUACAGCCUGCACAAGAAGGCCAGCGUCAACAAGUGCUUCUACUCCGCCGUCUUCACCGUUGGCGGCCACGACUGGCGCAUCCGCUACUGCCCUGACGGAGCGGAACCACCCAUGACCAUGAUCGUGAACAGCAGCUACGACUCUGACUCCGUCUUUCUCGAGCUCACCGCCGGCGACGGCGGCAAGCUUGUCGAGGUGAGGGCAACCUACGGAUUCAGGAUGGUGAACCCUGUCACCGGGAUUUCAUACUCGCGCAACGACUCCGGUCUGCAAGUGUUCCAUAGCAAUCGGCGUUCCCACGGCUUCACCAUGUUCGUCAGGAAGGUCGAACAACACAAAUACUUGCAGGAUGACUGCCUCGUGAUAGAGUGCGAUGUCAUGGUAGUCAAAGAAUUGCAGGUGAAGGAGGCCACUUGUGUCACCUCCGGCUUUGACAUUCAAGUCCCUCCCUCAGACUUAUCACAUGAUCUGAGAAAGUUGCUAGAGUCAGAGGAGGAAGCAGAUGUGAAGUUCAAGGUGAAAGAGGAGGUUUUCCAUGCCCACAAGAUCGUGCUAGCGAUGCGGUCACCGGUGUUCAAAGCGGAGCUCUACGGUCCGAUGAGGGACAAGGGGAUGGUGGAGAGCAUCACAAUUCAAGGUAUGGAUCCUGCUGUUUUCAAGGGACUGCUUCAUUUCAUAUACACAGAUAGGUUUCCUCGCAUGGAUGAUCUUGUUGAGGAUGAGGAGCAGCAAGAUAUGGUAAAACAUUUGCUCGUGGCGGCAGACAGAUAUGGUAUGGAAAGGUUGAAAUCAAUGUGUGAAGGCAUCCUUUGCAGUAACUUGGAUGUUGAGAGUGUCGCAUAUACCAUGGCUCUAGCUGGCCAGCACCACUGCAGCAAGCUUAAAAGUGCCUGCAUCGAAUUUAUCAUCAAUUCCAAUCUGAUGGAUGUUGUGGUAGCAAGCCAAGGGUACGAACACCUCAAGAGAGCAUGCCCUGAUGUCGCUGUGGAACUAUGGGAGAAUUCUGCAAAAUCUCCCAUCACGAGGUCAUCUUGCAUUGGGGGUCAACUUAUGAAUUACCCGAUAUUGAAUUAGUCCGUUGAUGGCGUGCACAGCUUCAUCACACAGGAUCCAGAAAUUUCAUACUUGAAAUUAAAGGGUGCAUUUGACAUGAUAAUGUUUGUCUGAGUUUUUACAAUUAAUAUGUUGAAAGUUAUGCGUUUAUGAUGAUGUUUGAGUCCAUGUAUGAAUACUGUUUUGAUAUAAUUAGCCAUUAGUUACAAGAAUAAA